UCUAAUAAGAAAUAUAAAUAAUUGGGCUGGAUCUUUUAAUAAAAUGGGCCUUUUAGUGUUUUGGCCAUCAUAAUGCAAUUUUCCGGCGAGUUCUUAGACAGAACCAGAUCAACAACGCCUACGACCAAAACAAGAGCGGGCAGAAGAAAAGAGAUCAGCUUUAUAAUACAUACAUAAAAUUUUGAAGAUGGGAAACACUUCCUCGAUGCUGACUCAAUACGACAUCGAAGAAGUCCAGAGCCAUUGCCAGGAUCUAUUUGAGCAGCAGGAGAUACUCUCUCUGUAUCAGAGGUUUUGCCAGUUAGAUAGAAACGCAAAGGGGUUUAUAUCUUCUGAUGAGUUUCUCUCCGUCCCUGAGUUCGCCAUGAACCCACUCUCUCAGAGGCUGCUUAAGAUGGUUGAUGGUUUGAACUUUAAGGACUUUGUGGCUUUCUUGUCUGCUUUCAGUGCCAAGGCUAGUCUUAAACAAAAGGUUAAACUGAUCUUUCAAGUCUAUGAUUCUGACGGCAACGGGAAGGUUUCCUUUAAAGAUAUCAUGGAAGUGUUGAGGGACUUAUCGGGGACAUUCAUGUCUGAUGAGCAAAGAGAGCAAGUACUGAGCCAGGUAUUGAAGGAAGCAGGCUACACGAAUGACUCUUUCUUAACACUGGAGGAUUUCAUUAAGGUGUUUGGGAGUUGUAAACCAGAGAUGGACGUUGAAAUUCCUGUGGAUUAAGGUUUUUAUGAGAUCACAUAUGGUCAAAGCUCAAAAUCUCAUAUCAUGUAUUUUGUCGCACUUUGUUAGUAGAAUAAUCCCUUGUUGAUUUGAUCUAAAUACCAUGGCAUGUUUUUAUUAGUCCCAAGAGUGACUUCAGCUACAUGUACGAAUAACUUUCCUCUUAAAGCAUUUUUUUCUAUUGA